GAAGAAAUGGAUACAGGAAAUCAUUCUGUAACUGAGUUCAUUCUUCAGGGGUUAACGGAUGAGCCAGUGCUGCAACUUCCCCUCUUCUUCCUGUUCCUCUUCAUCUACUUGGCCUCCAUGGUAGGAAACUUGGGGUUAGUUUUUUUAAUUAGAAUCAGUUCUCAGCUUCACACCCCCAUGUAUUAUUUUCUCAGUAACUUAUCCUUCGUAGAUCUCUGCUUCUCUUCUGUCAUAAUUCCCAAGAUGUUGGUGAACUUCGUGUCAGAAAAGAAUUUUACCACUUUUCCGGAGUGCAUGACUCAGCUCUUUUUCUUCUGCUUCUUUGGUAUCGAUGACUCUUACAUGUUGACAGUUAUGGCAUAUGAUCGUUAUGUUGCCAUCUGUAACCCUUUGCUGUACAAUGUCACCAUGUCCCACAGAGUCUGUUUUCUGCUUGUCACUGGUGUGUACAUAGUGGGAAUUGUGGGAGCUUUGGUUCACACCAGCUACAUAUCUGGUCGAUUUUUCUGUGGAACAAACAUCAUCCACCAUUACUUCUGUGACAUUCUUCCCCUUUUAAGCAUCUCUUGCUCAAGAGACUACACCAAAGAGCUUUUGGUGAUGGUUUUAGUUUCAUUCAAUGUAUUUGCGUGUGCUAUAGCCAUCUUAAUCUCAUAUGCCUUCAUUGUUUUCAGUAUCCUGCGUAUCCACUCAGCUGAAGGCAGGUCCAGAGCCUUCAGUACCUGCAGCUCCCACCUUUCAGCCGUUGGGGUCUUUUACGGCUCUAUCAUCUUUAUGUAUUUCAAACCAUCAUCUGUCAGUGACACAACCCAGGAGAAGGUGGCCUCUGUAUUUUAUACUACAGUGAUUCCCAUGCUUAAUCCCUUGAUUUAUAGCCUUAGAAACAAGGAUGUCAAAGAAGCACUAAAAAAAGUUGUGAAUGGUGGGGUAUUCUCUAGGUUUGUUUAA